UAUUCAAUCAACCCUCUCUGACACAGUCACCAUCUUCUGUGAAGUCAGACUAACAGUCUGUAGAUGUCUGAUAAAUGGCGUUGUUCAUCCCUGAUAUGGCUGGUCAUCUGUUUCUGGUCAUCCUCCUUUUCGUCACCUUCCAAUACAUCGAAGCCCAAGGUCCUUAUCCAAAACCAGACAUUACCUUAAAAUUUGAUGAGGACUUCAACAUCAUCUGUUUGAUUCCUGGAUCUGUCAGUCCUGACACCACCUGUUACCUGUAUGUUGGAGAGGAGAGUCAACCAUCCUUCACAGUAAAGAUCAAGAAUCGGAAAGCCACCACAGCAUCCGGACAGCAUUUCUGUCAAUUCACUCCAAAACAUAGUGAUCUGAUCAGUCGUCUUCAGUCAGUGAGGAAUAAGGAGGUGAGCUGUGACUACAGAUUGAGCUCAGGACCAAACUCUCUCUCACCACGCAGUGAUGGGUACAGCUUUGCACAUCUGGUGGGAGUUCACAUCAGUGAUCCAACAACUAUACAGACACCUUCUAUAGCAGCAGGUUCAACUGUUAGUUCUACUUGGACCCCAAACACCCCAGCGAGACCAACUACCAAUAGUCCCACUAAAUGUUUGACCUCUCCUUUGACCCCCAGUACAGCACUGAAUCCAUCAUCAGGUUCAACUGUUAGUUCUACUUUGACCACUGACACUCCAAGUAAAGGUCAAAGCUCCACAGACAUUGUUGUGAAUUCAAACAGUCAAGAAAGCGUUCCAACAGAUUCGACUGUUACUUCUACUUUGAUUACUGGCAUCACAGUGAGACCAAAUACCAGUUUGACCUCUCCUUUGACCCCCAGCACAGCAGUGAAUCCUACAUCAGGAGGUCAAAGCUCCACAGAAAGCGUUCUGGCAGGUUUGACUGUUACUUCUACUUUGACCGCUGGCAUCACAGUGACAACAACUUCUGUGCAAUUAUGGCAGGCAGCAGUGGGUGUGGCUUCUGGAGUGGGUGUGUUCCUGAUGGGAUUGACAGCUGUCUGUCUCUGCUGGAGGACCAAGAAACAUUCUCAGAGACCUACAGACAGACAGGAUGAUCACAGCCAAUGUGAUUUGGUGAUGGGAGCUAUGAGCAGUGCAGACAUGUUGGAUUCAAGGGAUGCUGGGAUCUAUUCUCUCAUCACCUUUGUACCGUCCACAUUUUUUCCCUCAGGCCCUGUUGAAGAGAAUGGACAGUCAACUGAAAAAGAAAAUUCUGAUACGUACCACGUAUACAGCUCAAUCACCGACCGACCAGCAACAUCAGCCCAACCGGAUGGGUUGUACAGUCUUCUGCAAGCACACUGACACUACACCACUGGCUCUCUGUAGCUAUUUCUCACAGAAAUACUCUUUCUUGCAGGAUGACCUUUAUUUAUCAAACAUCAUGUUACUGUAAAUAAGUAUAUAAUACAUCUGCUGCAGUACCGUUUCUAUUCAUAAGCAACAUAAGUGGCUGCCAUCCCAUAGCAAAAUGUGUAGAACUGCAGGAAAUAAGCUUUAAAACUGAAUUUCUUUCUACCCCAUGGCAUAAUGUGUACAAAUGCGGGAAAUUAGCUUUAUAACUGCAAAGUUCCCUCCACCCCAUGGCAAAAUGAGUAGAAUUUCAGGACAUUAACUUUAAAGCUGCACAUUUUUCACUAAAAUGUUUUUCUUUAGAACUUUAGAAGCCUAAAUACACUAUAAAUUUCCAUUUCCUGCUGUACAGGAAAAUUCUCAUAAAAAAAGAGUGAUCAAAUUAAGAUCCUACAUCUGUACAAUGUUUUGAAACACACUAUAGCCCAACAGUAAAGAUGGUAGAUCAGGCUAUGGGGAUGGCUUAUUUUGUUUAAAAAAGUGGUGGGUCCGCCCUCACCUCCUAAUCCCUCUUCUAUAAGAUUCUUGAUAUACAGUAAAUACAAAAUCCUACACUUUUUUACUCUGUUCGAAACGCUCUCUUCUGUAAAACAAAAAGCAUGCAAAAUACAUUGAAUUCAACCA